AUGCAUGCCACGCAGAAAUUGCAGCCUUCAGAUGAGCCGCUCUCGCUCUAUGCAAUCGCCAUUCGUCACUGCCGAGAGCGCCUGAUUGUCCAGCCCUUGGCAUGGACGAAUCGCCAGCUUGAGCUGCUACAGUGCUCAUUCAGCGAGCCGUCCGCUGCUUCUCCGGCCUUACAGUCCAACUUCAUAUGUCCUAAUGAUGGCACCAUCUUUCUAAACAAUUUCUUCCGCCUUCAGCCUAUAUGGCCUACGUGGCCUAGCCGAGAGACUGCAAUACGAAUGCUGCUUGCAUCCCCAGACUGUCCCCUAGAGGCCUCGAUCAAUCUUCGCGUAUAUUUCGGAAAUCGUCGUUCCAAGAAGCUGCCGUGUUCCGUCUUCUACCCUAGGUGCGACAACAGUAGCGGCGAGCCUAUCAAAGAUGUGUCACCGGUAGCCGCGCACAUUGAAUAUAACCACAUUGCCAGCUUGCGCCAAGCUCGAUUUCUUCCUAUGAUGUUGAGGCCGAACCCCCCUGUCAAGUCAAUACGACUCAUUCUAUGGAAGCGCCACUCGCCGGCGUGUCCCCUUAAAGAUCCAUACAUUGUUGCCAUCCUAAUUGCUCUGGCGCAACGUCGGAAGUUCAUCAUGUCGGAAUGUGGGCGCACAAUAGGAGCUGAGACAAUAUUUCCUGUCAAGCUUUUACUCACAUCUGAUGACCGCGACUCUUUCCACCUCUACUCGGCCAACAUUCCUUCUUCAUUUCUCAAUAUGUUUGAGAAUCCGAAAGUACCUCCUCCGUCGGAUGCUGUCACUGUUGUUGUCAAAUUCUUAGCAUCAAGCCAAUAA